GCUUCAGCUAUGCGGGUGUUGGUGGGUGGAGGAACUGGAUUUGUGGGGAGAGCUCUGACUCAGUUACUGCACAUCCGUGGGCAUGAGGUGACUCACGUCUCUCGACAAGCAGGCAAGGAUCGUAUCAGCUGGGAAGAGUUGUCCCGCUCUGGACUGCCCCCAUGUGAUGCCGUGGUGAACUUGGCUGGUGAGAAUGUCCUCAACCCUUUCCGCAGGUGGGAUGAUGCUUUCUGCAGAGAAAUCAUCAGCAGCCGAGUUGAGACCACCAAGACCUUGGCCAAAGCCAUUGCUGGUGCUGAUCAGCCACCCUGUGCUUGGAUCCUUAUCACCGGCGUAGGUUAUUACCGUCCCAGCCCCACAGCUGAGUACACAGAAGACAGUCCUGGAGGGGAUUUUGACUUCUUCUCGCGCCUAGUGAGCACCUGGGAGGCUGCAGCUCUCAUCCCCGGGAGCCCAGCUCGUGGUGUUGUGGUGAGAUCUGGGGUAGUCCUGGGCCGAAAUGGUGGUGCCAUCUCUCGCAUGCUCUGGCCUUUCCGGCUGGGGCUUGGAGGCCCCUUGGGCUCUGGACUCCAACCAUUCCCAUGGAUUCACAUUCGGGACCUAUCUGGAAUUGUGUGUCAUGCCCUAGAGAGUGAGUGCCUGCAAGGUGUCUUCAACGGUGUCUCCCCGUCCUCCCCUGCCACAUCCAAUGGCACCUUUGCCAAGGAGCUUGGUGCAGCCCUGGGACGCCCAGCCCUGCUGCCAGUACCUGCUUGGGCCGUGCGGGCUGUAUUUGGGGCUGAGCGGGCCAUCAUGCUGUUGGAGGGCCAGAAGGUAGUGCCAAAACGUACCCUGGAGAGCGGCUACCAUUUUGUCUUCCCUGAUCUCUCUGCAGCUCUAAAGGACAUCGUGGCUUGAGGAUGCCUGGGAUGGAUUGGAAACCUGUUUUUGUGAGCUUCUCAGCCCACAUCCCUUUCCCUAAGUGAAAGUAGUGUAGCACAGCCUCUUCUUGGUUGUCCUGUCUCCUCUGUAUUAGGAUUGGUUUCUUUAUGGUUUUUCUUUUCUUUUUUUUUUUCCCCUCUGAAAUCCUCAAUUUAGGAGUCACUCUUUCUACUGUGAACUUCAGUCCCCGCAUCAUCAACUUUUGGAGAAGGGCAUAAACCCUUCUAAGGGCUGUAAUUGCUAAAUUUGACAUCUUCCUUUUUUUACAGUAUGCAUGUCAGCUACUGGCAAAGCAUUGGGGAGCUGAGGAAGAAGAGUUGUAACAAGGGGAGUGACUGAGAUUUGUAACUCUUAUCCAUCUUGUUGAAAGUCCCUUUUCUUGUUCCACCCCCAUCCCUGCGCCUUCCUCAUGUCUUGCACUGUAUAGUCACAAGAGAUCCAGUUAUGCUGUCCUGUUUACUUGUCUCAAUCUUUUAAGGAAUGGGAUUGCGGAGGGGAGAAAUCUGUCAUGAGCGGAUGUGGUCUUAUAGGCAAUGAUUCUUUUGAGUAUUCGCUAAUUUAAGAGGGAUUGUCAAGAGCAAGGGCUGAAAGUGUAGCAUGACCACAAGUAAUAAGUAUUUAUUACUUACUCUUAGAUUGCAGUUUCAGCCUAAUUUGCUAUAGCUAGGCACUAAAUGUCAUUCUAUGCACACUUUGGGUUUGCAACUACGUUGCUGUCUUACAGAUUUCAAUGCCCUGUGAGUCACAGAGGAAUCAAAGUGCAGGCAUCCCCCUCUCACCGUGUAGGAGGUCCUGUGAUCAGGACUGCUGCUUGGAGCAAGAUCAACACAGUGCAAGAUGGUGUUAAUCUUUUAUAGUUCCCCAAUAGUCCUUCCCCAGUGGCAGUAGUUUAAACCAAUUACAAGUCAAAUUGUCUUUUAAUCUAGUCUGGUUCCAAUGUUCCCUUAUGAUUCUUUGUUUUACUUAUCACCAUAUUUAUGCAUAGUACUACCAGAGUUGAGAGUUUAUCACUCCUUAUCACUAAGGAGUGUCAUCUCACUCCUUGUUACUGUAUUCCCACACAAUUGUGCAGUGUGGUGCCUCAAGCAUGCACACCCCAGCUGACUGGCGGGAUGCACCAGUGCACCUUGCUGUAGUAAGGGCUGACCCCUGGCCCACCCUUUUCUGCAGGCCUGUGGUAUUCUCCACUCCCGUGAGGGAGUACUACCUAGACAUGAAAAUAUAUUUUAUAAACAAUUGCUAUUAAAAUCUGUGAGUUUGAGCCAUUUCUGUGCUCAAGAAGUGCUUUCUUAUGCUCACAACCCCAAAAGACGCUGUAACUUACAGGAGUAGUAAAUGUGGAAGCCUGUAUUGCAAUUCCCGGGCAUUCACUCAGCUGUUAGGCAGCUGUUAGGCAGUCAGUCUGUUAACUUUGACUCUAAUCCUUGUACUAUUUAGGGCCUUUUUCUCUUCCUCCUUCCCUUCCUCUUCCUCCCCUGCUUCCUCACCUUGGUCCUCAAAAAAGCCAAGGAAUGGAAACCAGAAAUCAAGAGGUACCUCUGAGGCAGCAGAAAGGGAUAAUAGCUGCAGCAAGUCCUGAACUUAUCCAGGUGAAAGUGUCAUUUUGUCCUAUGUUUAGUCUGACCUGCAGUUAGCAAUGGUCACUGCAAGGCUGCAGCUGUGCUGUAGAAGUUUGUCCUGUUCAGUGCUCUUUAGAUGGUCCUGUGGUUAAGACAAAUGAGGGAAAUGUGGUGGAGAGAUGCAAGGGUUGCCAAAGAAAUCCUACUGGCUGCGAGGAGAGGCAGAAGCUGAAUCACGUCUGUGGUAUUACUCAGCUUUACCUGCCCCUUUCUCCACACAGCUAGCUGAGCUCCUUCAACCAGGGAGGAGGACAAGAAGGUACAAGCAGCAGGUGAGAAUGAUUAGAUUGAACUGUUCCAUGUUCUGAGUUCCUGUGCUGCUGCUCUUAUACACUGAAACUCAGCAAUACAGCCCUUGUGUUCCUGCAGUAUCUGAUGCUCAACAUCACAGUCUUUCUAUUCCUACAUCCUUUUAUAUCCAGUUGUCAGGCCCUCUGCGUGUGCCAGCUCAGAGGCUUAACCAUGCAGUCCCUUACUCUUAAUGCCUGUGGGGAUACUGCUUAUUACCCCUUUUCACAUCCAGCAUUACAUACUUCUCAGCCCCAACAGCUCUGGAAUCUAGUAGUAUGCUGCUUCCACCCUACAGUUUUGGAGACCUACCACUAUAGUAGCUUUGAUCAUAAUCCUUCUGAGGUCCAACAAUGCAGUUCUGGUCCUAGCACCUCUGAUAUCUUUUGGUAUAGCUCAUUGGCUUUCACCUCAUGUGAGACCUAGUAAUAGAGCUCCUCUACACUUAGACCUGUAAUGCUCUGUGGUAUGGACAAGUGUUGUCCAGUACCUAUGGACACUAGACAAACAGUGAUACAGCCCUUCUGCCUCUACUACCUUUCAGACUUAAUGCAGAAUAUCUAGUCCUAACACCUGUGAUAUCAAGUGAUAUAGAUCUUACGUUCAUACUGCUUCUGGGGCUCAGCGAUAGACUUUCUGCUCCUGUAGUAGCACUGCAUACAAAUGUGGUUGGAAAAGAUGACACCAAAAGUGCCAAGUCGAACACUUCGUAAAUAGUUAUCAAAGGCUCACAAUAUAUCUAUGCUGAAAUAUUGCAGACCUAUAGCUCCUUAUCUGCAUAGAAAAACACUCCAGAUUUCUCAGAGGUAAGGAAUAAGGGGGAUAGUAGCAGAUGCUGGGGGAAAGCGUGGUAGGUAGACAUGAGGACAUGUCUGUCUUCCGCUUCAGAAACUAUUAUUAUUAUAGUUAUACAUAUAAUUAUAUAAUUAUAAUCUGUUAUAUAGUUGUCAUAUAGCCUAAUGCUUAAAAAAGCCAGCUUCAUAGACAAAUUUUGUUUUGAGAGCUAAGAAUUAGACAAUCAUAGAAUAGUUGAGGUUGGAAAGGACCUUCAGAGAUCAUCUAGUCUAAAACCCUGCUCAAGCAGGGUCAGCUGCAGCAGUUUGUUCAAGGCCAUGUCCAAUUGGCUUUUUAGUGUCUCCAAGGAUGGAAACUCCAUAACCUCUCUGGGAAACCUGAUCUGAUACUUUACCAUUCUUAGAAUAAAACGGUAUUCUUGUAUUUAAACAGAAUUUCCUGUAUUUCAAUUUGUGCCCGUUGCCUCUUUGGGGAGUGAGGACUUACGAGGAAAAAUGGGAUCUGUGUGACAGAGUAGGGUAAAAGCAUCUUUGCAAACAGACCUGCAACCCAGUGUGGAGAACUGUAAAGCAGGUACAUCAGGGGACAAUGAUGACAGCUUGCAGCUAAAAGAGUGAACAGAUUCAGUGUUGAUAAAUAUGUGGGGUGGAGAGAAUGGAAUAAGAGAGACUUCAGGAAGGAUGAAACAAGGUGAAAAGUGCCACCUCUACACAAAUGCACACAGUCUGGAAAACAAAUGAGGAAACCUGUGUGCAGAUGUACAGCUGUGACCUUGCUGGAGUACCUGAAGCAUGGUGAGAGAAUUCAUAGAACCUGAGUGUUGUGAUGGGUGUAGAUAGGCUCUUUAGGAAAGCAGGGCAGAGAAGAAGUGGAGAGGGUAGCCCUUUAUAUAAAGAAGCAACUCAGUAUAUAGAGGUCUUCUAUGGAAUGAGCAACAGGCUAGCUGGGAGCCUGUGGUUUAGAAUCAGGAGAAUCCAGAAAGAGUGAUGUAGGAGAGUGCUAGAACCUGCUUAAUCAGGUUAAAGGAGUGAACAAAGCAUUCUUGAAGCAAUUUGAGGAAGUCUCUAGAUCACCGAUCCUGUUACUUAGGAAAGACCUUAACCUCUCUGACAUCUGCUGUAAGGACAACAUAGCGGGAUUCAGGCAAUUUAGAAGGUUUUUAGAUGGUGUUAGGGACACCUUCCUAAUGCAUGUGGAAGACUGAUAAAUGGGGAGUGGCUGUCUUCUGGAUCUGCUACUCAUGAACAAAGAAGAAACUGGUCAAGGAUGUGGUAAUUGAUGGCAGAUGUGGCAGUAGCAACCAUGAGACAGUGGAGUUCAGUUUCCUGAGUGGAGUGAGGAAGUCAAGUACCCAGUUUUGACCCCAUCAGUGAGAGAUACUGAAAAACUAGAACGGGUUCAUUAAGGGAAAGAUAAUUAGAGACCUGGAGAACCUGAUACAUGAAGAAAGAUUGAUGCAAUUCGUUUUGUUCAACCUGGAGAACAAAAGGCUCCAGGGGAUCUAAUCAUAGUCUGCCAACACCUAAAAGGUAGUUAUGGAGAAGUUGGAGGUGCUUGCUUCACAAGGAUGCAUUGUGACAGGUUAAGAGAAAAUGGAUGUAAGCUAAUUUGGGAAAAUUCCUUGUAGAUAUAAGAAAAAAUAAAUUUUCACUCAGAAGUCUAAAAAGAAA